CCGCAGCUCUACCAGGUGUGGUUGUUGCUGUUGUUGCUGCUAUUGGUGGUGGUGCAAACAAAGAAGUACACAAUUUUCAUACCACCACACGGCUGUAUUGAGACUGCAACGCCGUCUGAGACAAGGCACCAAUCGAAGGGUUAUGUUGAAUUUCUUCACAGUAGCAAGUGGCGACACCCACAACGGGCUGGUCACUGGGCUCGCUUCGUUUUUAUUCGUUGAAGGAUGUACCUUUUGUUGGGUAAUUGGUCUGAGACCACGGAAAAGAAGCCGUCCGCAUCAGUUGGACCACCACUAUGGGUAUUUGAAGGUGGCCCCAUGUACCGUAUAUGACACAAGAUAACACACCCCCUUGACCGAUAUUCGAAGCUCGAUUUCUCAACUGCAGGAACAGUCCCAGCGCGGAAAACGGCGGCGGCGUUAAAACCGUUACUUCGAGAGGUUUUCGAACAUGUAUCGUUUCGUUUAUGCAUCCUCUUUGUGGAGUAAUCGAGCUUUGAAAACCGGUCCGGGGUGUGUGUUAUCUUGUUUCAUAUACGGUAGUGGCAGCAAAUCCUCUCCGUCACAACCUCAAAGUGUUACUAAACCCAAUACAUGGAAUGGUGGCACUGCCCUGAAUAGUGCUAAUAUUCUCCUCUUGCCCCUACAUGCGACUGCGUCGGGCCACCUGCUGCACUGGACUUGCAACGACACUGGACUGUAAUUUAUUCAUUCGCCGAUGGCCAACCAGGUAGAUCCCUUUUCUUUUUUUUCGAAGACAAAAACGAAUUCUUGAUGGAUUCGCGGCUUCAUCCUCUCACCCUACAAUCGGGUUGAACAUCAACAGCAGCGCUAACAAUGUUUUCUGGACUGUCACAGGACUGUAAUUUAUUCUUUUGCCAUUGACCAAUCAGGUGGAUCCUUCCGGU